AUAGCGAGGAGUCCAGUGUAGAGCCACAGCUGACAGCCUACUCGCAGUAGCCUUCAUUUGUUCUGUUUUUGCGCUGCAGAAGGUUUUUUUUUUUUCUUUUUUUUUCGGGGCGCUCUUCUUAUGAAUUACACACAAAGCAGGAGGCGUCUCUUUGCGUUUAGUUGUGUUAUCUGUGUUGACAGGACGAUGCCUUUGAGAACCGGACUUUUUCUCCUGCUGGUGCUGAAUGCAUCAGCCUAUGAAGUGGAUCAAAACGAGUCCUAUUCGCCCAGGAGAGCACGCUUUUCUGCCAAUAGCCCUACAGAUGUGGCACGCUGUCUCAGCAGUGCCCUCCAAGUUGGGUGCGGAGCCUUCGCCUGCCUGGAAAACUCAACUUGUGACACAGAUGGCAUGCAUGACAUCUGCAAGUCCUUCCUAUACAGUGCUGCUAAAUUUGACACUCAGGGUAAAGCGUUUGUGAAGGAGAGCCUUAAGUGCAUUGCCAAUGGCAUCACCUCGAAGGCAUUCCUCACCAUCCGCCGCUGCUCCGCCUUUCAAAGAAUGAUAUCCGAAGUCCAAGAGGAGUGUUACAGCAAGCUGGAUAUCUGCACGGUUGCCCGAUCAAAUCCAGAUGCUAUUGGUGAAGUGGCACAGCUGCCAAGUCACUUUCCCAACAGGUUUUAUGGUAAGCUGUUACAGAGCCUGAUGGACUGUGAUGAGGACACGGUGGAUCGCGUUAGGACCAGCAUGGUGUCGCGGCUCGGCCCAGAGAUGACCAUGCUUAUUCAGCUGCUGCAGAACAAGCCCUGCCCAUCCACCGCUGUGGCUGCAGCUGCCGUCAUCCCAACUGGAGCAGAGAGCCGUGGGAGCUGGCGGCUGUCCAUGGGUCCCCAUGUGUACAAGAUCCAGCCUAAUCUGCGAAACAGAGACUCUGCCAGUCAUUUUGGCAAAAAGCGCUCCGCCAGCGACAGCUCCUAACUUCCACUUCCACUCACCCCCUCAAAACACCACAAAAGCUCCUCUAUUCCCUAGAGGUGAUACCAAUCUAUUCCUCUGCUAGACUGGAAGUUACAGAAAUCCCACCUCUAGGGAAUGCCGGACCACCCGUAGAGUCCAUAGAGUCGAUAUCAGUUUGAUUGUUGUUAUAUUAUAUAUCCUACACUUUAGACUCGAAAGAACCCCAUCUUCCAUAGACUGUUUUCAAAUGUGCCCGCUCACAGUUAGUGUUGAACAGGAGGCUGCUGCAAUUGUGCGACGUGUUCCUGUUCGCUCCUCUUAUCGUCCUUUAACAGAGAUUAAUUCGUAAGUCUUUUGACGACAAGCUAAAAAGGAAAAAAAAGGGGGGGAAAAAAAGAGAAAAAAAGUGUUUCAUGAAUCUAGAGCACAAGCCAGUACUUUAAAAGUAAAAAGAAAAAAAAUACAAUUUCAUAAUCCUGAUAUUUGUUCAUGAAUAGGAAAUCAGUAGUUUGGUUAUUAUUGGUUUAUUUGUAGGAAUGGGUAAUUACUAGUAGACUUAUCUAAUAUUUCUGCAUUGAGAUCAGUCGAAUUGUGAGCAUGAGAUGUGGCAAUGAGUUUCAUAACUGUUUUUGACACUAUCAUAACACUUAAAUGUACUGUAUACUAAGUUACCAGAGACAGCCAUAGCUAGCCCUCUAAAAGAGAGCGCUCAUAAUGGAGUGAGGUCUGUAGAGGUUUCAUGCUAACCUUUGAGAGGUUACCUUAAACUGACCAAAAAACUUCUAACUGCCCUGAAUGCUAUUCAUGAAAUACCAAAAUUGCGUAUAGCUAUAGCACUUAUAGAUUUUUUUUUAAUUAUUUCUUAUGGCAGAUGUAGCCAUGGUCAUGUGUUUUAAAUCAUUAUCCUGCAUGUAAGGAUUGUUCAGGUCAUGGCCAAGUCUAUCAGAAGAAGUCCUUUUAGCAUAUCUUGUAUCCAGACACUUGCAAUGCAUAAGACUGUUGAGCUCUAUAGUAUAUCUAGUAUGGGACCAUGCUUAGUGAGAUCUGUGUCCAUGUUCUUAACUGAGUGCGAAGCAGUCGUGUGUGCGCGCAGUAGCUGAUUAGCACGUUCACCGCUGAGACUGAGAGCAGAGUGUCUUCUCGGACUGAUGAGCAUCACUCUCUGAGGUGAAUCAUGUGACAUGCACACUGGCUUCCAGGUCAAGAUGGAGAAUGACUAUUUAAAGAGAAAAACAAAAGCCUU